AUUCCGACCUUCCCUUGCCAAGUUGCCGUGAAAGGGGUAGAGAGAGAGAGAGAGAGAGAGAGAACAGCUGCGGAGCAAAGUGGAGGGGACGACAAACAAACAUGGGAAGUGCAGGGGCGGCACAGAUACCGACCAGCUUUGGCCAUGAGCUGAGGGCAUGCCUUCGUUGCAGGCUUGUCAAAACCUACGACCAGUUCAGGGAAUCGGGAUGUGAGAACUGCCCUUUCUUUAAGAUGGACGAAGAUCAUGAGCGUGUUGUUGAUUGCACCACUCCUAAUUUUACUGGAAUUAUCUCAGUUAUGGAUCCGAGCAGGAGUUGGGCUGCGCGAUGGCUCCGUAUUGGAAGAUUUGUCCCUGGUUGUUACACGCUGGCAGUCUCAGAGGCACUCCCAGAAGAUCUGCAGAAUCUCUGCGAAGACGAACGAGUUCAAUAUGUUCCCCCGAAACGUGUAUGAUCGAAGAAUGGGAAUGGCUGAAACAUUAUAUAUAUAUAUAUAUUUUCUUUUUUUGCUUUCGAAUCAACCAUGUAGAGGCUUGGCUUGAAUAUGUAUGGGAUAUGGCGCUUGGCAGCAUCUAAAGCUUUCUCCAUGAAUCAAAGCCCGAGACUCCGUUUCAGUUUUCAGAUUUUUACAUCUUUUAGUUCAUUCAGUUGUUAUUUGAACAAAGGAAAAAAAUUAAUACAAGUGAAUUACAUCUCAA